CCACUCUUCACUGCAAGGUGAAGAACUCCCAAGCUUCUGCAGGUCUCCAAAAGUUUUUCAGUAUGCUGGAAAAGCCCCCGAAGGAGGAGGGCAGCUGGGCUGAGACCGCUGCAGGACCAACGUGGGGAGCAGCUGGGGUGAAGCUGAGAAAGUUGGGAGCGGAGUGCUGCCUGGGCACACGCUCAUCAUCACAUCGCAAAGAGCUGCAGGGACACCUGGUGGCACCUUCCGAAGUAGCAUUUUAGGAGCAGAGGAGAUGCUGAAAUAGCACACUGUGUGAAGGGGCACGAGUUGUGCUUGUGAGGAUGCUGAGGCUGAGGCCUGCAGAGUCAUCUCAGUGGGCAGCCCCCAGCUGGGGCAGACGGGUGGGUUUAGCUCUUACAGCUCCCAUUCACCCUGUGGGAUGUGGGGUGCCCACACCCCACAUAGUGGAGUCAAGGGGAGGCUCUGGGGCAGCGCUCAGUGUCCCCAGCUGGGUGCUGGGUGCAGGUUGGGGCUGGGCAUUUCCAGCCAAGAGUGAUUGCAUGGGGGUGGUGCAGGGCUCAGCAAGAGGCAGCUGGAGGGAUGGAGGUGCACCUGUACUCAGGCCCUGAAUGUUGUCCCCAUCCCUGUGCCACUCUGUGCCUUAUGGACCAAUAUGGUCCCCAUUGGAACCUAGCGCUCACAGGCACAAUAGAACUGAGCCAGGGAAUGUCCCAGGAACUCUGUGACAUCAGGCGGAAUUGUGGCACCAGGCAGUGAGCUUAGGGACAGCCGUGCUCUGUCUGGGUAUGCCUGAGGCUACCAGGGCAAUCAAUUGACCAGAGAAUAAGCCAGUAAGGUGGGGUCACUGGAGAGACAUGACCUGGGUGCCAGCACAGCCCCACAGUGCUUCUGUUCACACCAGAGCCAGCCAAGGAGGGGACGGAGCCCAACAAGCCAUUGAAGUCCUACAGCUUCAUGGCCACCGAGCAGCAGCAGCUGUCACAGCGUGGCUUGGAAGAAGCUGCCAGCUCCAGAGACAUGGUGGUCCCCAUGAAGUCCUCCACACCAAGCAGGACCUCUAUGUCCAGUAGAGCCUCCAUGUCCAGUAGAGCCUCCAAAUCCAGCAGGACCUCUGUGUCCAGCAGGAUUUCUGUAUCCAGCAGGACCUCCACAUCCAGCAGGACCUCCAUGUCCAGCAGGACCUCCAGGAAGUCUAUCCAGCAGUGCAUGAUCCUGAUGGCUGAGACCUACCCACCCAGGCAGGAGGUGCGCAGGACAGGCAUGCCAAAAGUGGAUAAAGCAGCUCAGACCCCCCGGUCCUUUGAUGCAUCACUCAACCAACGGCGCCCUCGGCUUAAAAAGAAAAGUAAAAGCAAAGAUGUGAGCAGCGACCAGGAUCAGCUGCGAGCCUCGAGGGACAGCAGUGCCACAGAGAUCAUCCCCCAGGCAGUGGGGCACAGGACUCCCAGCCCCCCCGAGGUCACACCCCAGCACAGGAGGAGCGAGGUCUCAUCCAACACAUGCAUGGAUCCUGAUGAGGAAGGGUGGGAGGACCAGGCUGUGCUGGAGGUGGAAGGGGAUGAGGCUGAUGUCCACAGCCGGGGCACUGUCAUGGGGGACAGCCAGGGGAUCAGCCCCCCAGAGGAGGAAAUGCAGGAGGGGCUGAAACACACCCAGGCACACGAAGGCAGAGAGGUGAAUCCAAGACCAUUUCUGAAGGGUGAUGGAAGCUUUCAUAAGGAAGGAAAGCAGGUCAAUGGUGGAGAGCUGAAGUCUCACCCAGCCCCUAUGGAAAAGCAUUUACCGGACCUUAAUCGCCAGGAGGCACUGGGGGAUGUGGCUGUGGAUGGGGAUGCAGCCAGCAGCCAGGACCCCGACUCCAGAGUGGGCACCAGGGAGAUCUCCUCAGCCAGUGAGGAGCUGCAGCAGAUCCUCAGACACAUCACAGAGGACACAGACACCAUGGAUAGUCAGGGCUCUGACCCUGCAGAGGAGCUGGAUCCUUCUGCUGUGAAUGCCCCUGUUGUAGGAGCUGAGGAAGAUAUUCAAGACCUUGAUUUCAUCCUGGAUGCCCCAGCCAGCAAGGUUCACCGGAGCAGCCUGGAGAUGCAGGAAGCCUUGGGACACGUGGAAGCUGUGAACAUGAGUCUGAGUAAAUCCAUAAAGGCGGUGAGGAAGGUCCAGCAAACACCCCUGGGAGAAGAGGACAAGGAUAACUUCUGUAGUGAGGGCUCCAUCCCGGCCAACCUGAGCAUCUACUCAGCCCUGGAGGAGCUGAAAGAGGCACAAGUGGAUGGAAAAGCUGCUUCUGCUCCUGGCCAUGUUUCCCAAACCCGUGUAGCAAUGAAGCUUCCACCAAAGAAGAAGGUGGUAAAUCCCCUCGAAACAGACACAAGCAGUGAACUCACGGAGAUCCCUCAGACAAGAGAUGAGUGUGAAGCAGUGAAGAACUUGACAAAGAAACAGCAAAAAGCAUUCUCCGAUGCUUUCAACUUCUUCCCCAAAGACCUGGAUGGCAAUAUUAACCUUCAAAACCUGGAGGUGAUCGCUAAGCAGCUGGGGAUUAGCUUCGAUGGCCAGGAGACACACAAGAAGCUGGUGUGUGCAGAUGCCGAUGGAGACAAAGCAAUGAAUUUCUCUGACUUUCUGACCGUCAUUACUGACAAGAACUGUUUUAUCCAGACAGUGUUCCCUGACAAAAAUGACUCAGGCAACUCUGACCAUGUCGAUGCCAGAGGAAUCCUCCUCCUCAAAGUCUUGCUGAAGCUGAUGGAGUUGGAAGCGCUGCCCCAGAGAACUCUUUUCCAGAUUUCAAGUUACUACCAGCAGAAGCUUAGGGAUUGCGCUAGUGAGCAAGCCUGGAUGGACGCUGAUUUCCUCUUGAGUCACAAAAAGAAUAACAAAAACAGGAAAGUUCUGGUUUUUCCUUUAUCUUCCUUUGUAAGCGCUGCCCGCAUCUCACUGAUGAAGGAAAGAGAGGCAACAGCUUAUUUGGAGCAACUCAAAGGUAAGGCUCACAUGCUGCCAUGCCCAAUGUCCAGCAGGGAAUUUACUGGAUCUGUGAGGGUGAAAACCUACUGAGGUCUGUGCCACGUCUUCUUCUAUUCCUCCCUGGCACACGGCCUUCUGCAAAGCUGGAGAAAUCAUGCUUCUGGUAUCAGCACUAUAUAAGCAAAUGUUUCAUAGAAUCAUAAGGUUGGAAAAGACCUCUAAGAUCACCAAGUCCAACUGUCAAUUCAUCCCCACUAUGCCCAAUAACCAUGCUCCUCAGUGCCACAUCUCCAUGGUUCUUAAACACCUCCAGGUGUUACAUAUCAUUGUUACCUUGGAUUAGAGGCAGACUCCCACCUCACUGCAACCCUCUUUCUGGUAGUUGCAGAGUGAUAAGGCUCUCCCCCGAGCCUCCUCUUCUCCAGGCUGAACAAUCCCAGUU